GCUUGUUGAGCAGCAACCGGCGUACGCAAGGAGCUUGAGCGUCCUGUGGAGCGCGCGGGAGGUCAAGCCAUGAACUUGGGAGAUGGUUUAAAGCUUGAAACUGAAUUCUUGGAUGGAAAAACCAAGCUAAUAUUGUCUCCAUAUGAACAUAAAUCAAAAAUUUCUGUAAAGAUGGGAAAUAAGACCAAGAUUGCAAAAUGCCCUUUAAGAACUAAACAAACUGGAUACAUUCUAAAAUCAACACAAAAUACUUGUGUCAGGAGUGAAAAGGUUUUGCAAAAGAAGAGAAUUGGUUCAGAAACUUUACUGGCAAAAGGUGAAAAAAAUAGCAUGACUUUUUCACCCACUAAGGAUUUAUGCAAGCAGUAUGCAGACUGUUUUCAUAUCCAGAAGGAAAUUUCACCUGCAACCCCUAAUAUACAGAAGACUAGAAACACCACAAAUACAUUUGUAGUAGCUAAACAGAAGCCUUGCAAAAAGCACAUCACAGCUGAAAAUAUGAAAAGCAGUUUGGUGUGUCUAACACAAGACCAACUACAACAGAUUUUACUGACUAUAAACCAAGGAAAUAAAUCUUUUUCUCUGACUGAGAAGGCAAAGGAAGAAGAAACAAGUCAGUAUAGUCUAAAUUUAAACAAUAUUCCUGAUCAGCCAAAGGACGAGAACAUCAUGGGCUUACUUCAAAAAACUGAGGCUGAUUCAUCUGUUCAGGAUGAAAAAAAACCUGUUUUAAAUAAAAAUCAGGUGACAUCUAAUCAGUAUGAGCAGAAAAUCACCACAGACAAUGUAUGGAAACCAGCUGACAUAUUCAGUACUCUGGGAGAAAGAGAACGUGAUAGAAGUUUGUUGGAAGCGAAAAAAGCCCAGUGGAAGAAAGAGCUUGACGAACAGGUUGCUUUAAAGAAGAAAGAAAAAGAAGCUUCUGAAAAACGGUACAAUCCUUGGAAAAAAUCUGAAAAUGAUAAAGUAGUAUGGGAAAAUCUUCAAAUUCUUGAUCAGUCAAAGACUUUUCCUAGCUCUUCUAGCAUUCUGUCACAGUCUCCUAGUCAGGUAAUGGUGGUCCAUGCUGAUGGGAACUCACUACCUCGAGCUAGUCAGGUUUUAGAGGAAGCAGUACUGAUGGAGCACCCUCUCAGUGUUAUAAGACAAGAACAGCAGAAAAAAUGGAUUGAAGAAUUGAACAAGCAAGUAGAAGAUGAUCAUCAAAAAAAAGCAGAGGAAAAAAUAUCUUCAAAGGGUGAAGAACAUGACAGAUGGGCAAUGCAUUUUGAUUCAUUAAAGAGCUAUCCUGAUUCUCAGUCUCAACUCUCCUCUCGAUCAACACACAAACAACCAGAGUACUUCUGUGUCUCUCCGGACACUCAGGAGUUGGCUGAUAUCAGCAGUCUGUAUACACCUACAACUGGAAGCCAGGUUGAACCUUCAGAGGAGGAGCAUAUAGCAAAACCUGUCAGAGAUGUGGUUGUGGCAUACAGUCAAAAAACGAACUUUCUCCGUUCUAUGACUGCUCUUUUGGACCCAGCUCAGAUUGAGGAACGAGACAGGCGGCGACAAAAACAGUUAGAACAUCAGAAAGCCAUCAUUGCUCAGGUAGAAGAGAAGCGCAGGAAGAAGCAGCUUGAAGAAGAGCAAAGAAAGAAGGAAGAACAAGAAGAGGAGCGUCGCUUAGCACGGGAACGAGAAGAGAUGCAAAAACAGUAUGAAGAAGAUAUACUUAAGCAAAAACAAAAGGAAGAAAUCAUGACUCUUAAGACAAAUGAGCUGUUCCAGACGAUGCAGAGAGCGCAAGAGCUGGCACAGAGACUGAAACAAGAACAGAGAAUCCGAGAAUUGGCUCAAAAGGGACAUGACACUUCCAGAUUGAUUAAAAAUCUUGGUGACAAUUUACUUCUCUUGCCAGUUGAUACAGUACAAGUGGAAUAUAAUGUAUCUACUAACAACAUUCCAAAUUCAAGACAUUGCUUGGAUGAAUUCAGUGGUAAAAUGAAUACAUAUAUCAACUCUAUAGCCUUUCCCAAGAAGGAUACUGGUGUGCAAACAGAUGACUUAAGUACAGGAAUAUUUGCCAAUACAGAAUCACGUUGUGGAUCGGUAAUAGAGAGGGAAAUUAUAAAUUGUUCAUCUCCUGAGAUUCCUGCGGAAUUUAAUGAACAGUUUAACACUAAGAAAAAGAAACAAGAACUAGUAAGUUGGGAUAAAGGAGCCAACUUAGAAAAAGAAAAUAGUUGGUAUAAUGAUCAAUGUAAUCAGUUCACAAGGACAGAGAAACAAACAAAGCAUAUGAAGAAAUAUCCUAAAAGGCCUGAUUGGAAUAUAAAUAAGCCACUCAGAACGUAUAUUCCAGCAUCAGAAAAGUACCCUAAACAGCUUCAAAAACUGAGAGAAGAAAAAAAAGUAAGAAGGCAGAUGGAACUGCUUCAUUUGGUAGAAAGAAAUAAUCCUGGACAUAUCUCUCCGAAUAGAGGCACUUCACCAGUUCUUCAUUCAGCUCAUCAAGAAACUGAGCCAAGGUUUAAGUGGCAGCUCCUCAAAAAGGAAGAAGAGCCUCGGAGAAUUAAUUCUUUCAGCAAGGAAAGAUCUCAGUCACCACCAGUUCCAGCAGUGAAAAACAGAACUCAGCAAACUCAGACACUAAAAAACAGUAAUUUCGCAGGAGAUGGUCAGACAGACUCAUCACCUGGGAUUUCUGAACCACUCUAUUUUAUUCCCUAUGUGCGAACCAAUGAGAUUUAUUACCUUGAUCCAGAUGCACCAUUGUCUAGGCCUUUAACCCAGGAUCCUCAGUACCCAAGUCCACACGACUGUGACCAAGAACAACAGCUGUUUGACCAACUCAGGGACCCACUUCUUAACCCCAACUUGGUGAAAAACAGGGAUCGACAGCAAGCAAUCCUUAAGGGACUUUCAGAACUGAGACAGGGCCUUCUCCAGAAGCAAAGGGAGUUGGAAACUAAUCUCAUGCCUUUAGCUGCAAAUCAAGAAGAGAAUUUUAGUUCUUUGUUUUAAAUGUAGAAAAUCAAGUCCUUCACAUUUGUGUUUUCCAAAUUAUAAAAUGUGGUUGUUGCUUCACUGUAUUUUUCAGAUAGUCUAUUUUUAAAAUGCUUAUUUAAAACUUGUAUAUUACGUAGUAAAAUGCUGUUUGUGUGUAUAUAUACAUUAAAAAAAAAUAAAACAGACACUUUUGUAAAAAGC